GGGCUUCUUCGAGUUAGGGGCCUGACUCCCCGGCGACGAGACAAGAUGGCUCCUCCGGUCCGUGCCGCUGCUGCCGUCCCGGCUGCGUCGCUCGGCCCGCCCCCGGUACUGUUUCUUUAAAUGGCGGAGAGGGUCAAGAAAGCAGGAAGAGAGGCGCGCGCACUCACGUGACAGGGGAGUGCCCGGCUAACAAAAUCCGGUCACGUGGAGACACGCUACCCACCAAUCAGGAGGCUUCGCAUCAGGGCGGGGGCGGGAGGAGGGGCGGCUCUGUGAUUGGCCGAGUGCGCCGCGGAGGCCUCGGGGGCUUGGGGCGUCGGGGAGUGCGCGAGGCGGCCUGGCUUGUGUGCACUGGCGGAGACAAAGCGGUGGCUGAGGUGGCAGUGGCUGCAGCGGCAGUGGCGGCGGAGGAGCCCUAAACGCCGAAGUUUGUGGUGCUGAGUCCGGUCACCAUCUCAUCCAGCGCGGCGCGCGGGCGGCUGUUCUCGCGGCGGCGGCGGCAGCGGCGGAGGCGGAGGCGGCGGCAGCACAUGGUUCCAAGAGCGCUCUGCGGUCGUUGGGUUCCAAUUCCGUGGGGAGGGACAAAGGCAGCUGUGAGCGCCGGGCAACGCCCGGUCGGGUGGUGCGCUCGCCACUGUCCUCGAUCCGGGCCUUGAAAGCUGGGACUAACUCCUCUUCGUGAGGAGGAGACCACGGGACCGAGGCCCAGUCAGGGCCUGAGAGGCUGAGGCCGGUGUCUGAGGGAAGUGGGGGAGGGGCGCGGCCCGCCUGAGUUAAUUUGGGCGGGUCAAUUCUGUGGCUACUUAGUGGGUCAUUGUGAGGUAAUUUGACCCACUACCUUGACGAAAUUGGGGCACACAGCAAGCUAGGUUUGGUCCGGGCUUUGAAAACAGAAAUCGGUCUUCAGCGCUUAGGAGAUCUUUCAGUUGGGAGGUGGUGAAGCCGGAACUAACGCCAUAUGCACUUCAUCAACAUCGUGGUCACCAGUCUGGGGCUAAUUUAAGGAUCCUGGGAUCAUUGAUGGCGAAGAGAUGGGUGGUUGUCCAGUUUUAUGACUGAAGUUGCUAAAUUUCCGGAUUGGUAAGUUUCCGGAUUGGUAAAUAUCCUCACAGGAAAUUUAGAGGAAUAACAACAAAAAAGGCUCGAAGAUCAUGAAGAUGGAGCAGUAAUUAAAUCGCCAACUCCAGUAUCAUCUACUCUAGGACCAACCACAUUCCACUCCGUGAACUGUCGCAAAUUAACGCUGAAGCUCCUUAAGACUACAUGUUUAUGACGUAGUUCCUUCCAAAAUAUUACAUCAUAGUCAUUGAGAAGAUUAAAAAAAUAUGAAAGGAGAAAUUGAGUUUUGUUUUAGACAUCUUUCUGAAUAUAUCUUGGUUAGAUACUAGAUAACCUUGUUUAACUAAGGAGCACAGAUUUACGAAACCUUUACUGGAAGGAAUCCUGAAAAAUCUGUUCCAUUGUAAGCUUAUAGUUCCCAGUUAGUGGGUAAAGAACUGGAGACCUCACUGCACUCAUGGCUUUCACAAAUUACAGCAGUCUGAAUCGAGCUCAGCUAACCUUUGACUAUCUACACACAAAUUCAACCACUCAUGAAUUCUUGUUUGGUGCUCUUGCUGAACUAGUUGAUAAUGCAAGAGAUGCUGAUGCCACCAGAAUCGAUAUUUAUGCAGCUUCUUUCUUUUUCCUGUUCUCCCCAAUGGGAGUUGGAUGGUGGAACGUUGGGCUAACUUGGAGAAGCCAGACUUGGUCAUGUUGGGGGAAACUUAGAUGUGCAGCCUUCCACACUGGGUCUGUGAUUGUACAUAGCUGCUACCAGGGCCUGAAGCACAACUGCAAAGAAGAAAGGCGAGAGGACCUUCGCGGAGGAUUUAUGCUUUGUUUUUUGGAUGAUGGAGCAGGAAUGGAUCCAAGUGAUGCUGCCAGUGUGAUCCAGUUUGGGAAGUCAGCCAAGCGAACGCCUGAGUCCACCCAGAUUGGGCAGUACGGGAAUGGGUUAAAAUCGGGCUCGAUGCGCAUUGGAAAGGAUUUUAUCCUCUUCACCAAGAAGGAAGAGACCAUGACCUGCCUCUUCCUGUCGCGUACCUUUCACGAGGAGGAAGGCAUUGAUGAAGUGAUAGUCCCAUUGCCCACCUGGAAUGCUCGGACCCGGGAACCUGUCACAGACAACGUGGAGAAGUUUGCCAUCGAGACGGAACUCAUCUAUAAGUAUUCUCCCUUCCGCAAUGAAGAGGAAGUGAUGACUCAGUUCAUGAAGAUUCCUGGGGACAGUGGAACGCUGGUGAUCAUCUUCAAUCUCAAACUUAUGGAUAACGGAGAGCCGGAGCUGGACAUAAUCUCAAAUCCAAGAGAUAUCCAGAUGGCAGAGACUUCCCCGGAGGGCACGAAGCCAGAGCGCCGCUCCUUCCGCGCCUAUGCUGCCGUGCUCUACAUUGAUCCCCGGAUGCGGAUCUUCAUCCACGGGCACAAGGUGCAGACCAAGAGGCUCUCCUGCUGCCUCUACAAGCCCAGGAUGUACAAGUACACAUCAAGCCGGUUCAAGACCCGCGCGGAGCAGGAGGUGAAGAAAGCUGAGCACGUGGCACGGAUUGCUGAAGAGAAGGCAAGGGAGGCGGAGAGCAAAGCUCGGACAUUAGAAGUGCGCCUGGGCGGAGACCUCACUCGGGACUCCAGGGUGAUGUUGCGACAGGUCCAGAACAUGGCCAUUACCCUUCGCAGAGAAGCUGAUGUCAAGAAGCGCAUCAAGGAGGCCAAGCAGCGAGCGCUUAAAGAACCCAAGGAACUGAACUUUGUUUUUGGGGUCAACAUUGAACACCGGGACCUGGACGGCAUGUUCAUCUACAACUGUAGCCGCCUGAUCAAGAUGUAUGAGAAAGUGGGCCCACAGCUGGAAGGGGGCAUGGCAUGUGGCGGGGUCGUUGGGGUUGUAGAUGUGCCCUACCUGGUCCUGGAGCCUACACACAACAAGCAGGACUUUGCUGAUGCCAAGGAGUACCGGCACCUGCUGCGGGCGAUGGGGGAGCACCUGGCGCAGUACUGGAAGGACAUCGCCAUUGCCCAGCGGGGAAUCAUCAAGUUCUGGGAUGAGUUCGGCUACCUCUCUGCCAACUGGAACCAGCCUCCAUCCAGUGAGCUGCGUUACAAACGGCGGAGAGCUAUGGAAAUCCCAACCACCAUCCAGUGUGAUUUGUGUCUGAAGUGGCGGACCCUCCCCUUCCAGCUGAGUUCUGUGGAAAAAGAUUACCCUGACACCUGGGUUUGCUCCAUGAACCCUGAUCCUGAGCAGGACCGGUGUGAGGCUUCUGAACAGAAGCAGAAGGUUCCCCUGGGGACGUUCAGAAAGGAUCUGAAGACACAGGAAGAGAAGCAGAAGCAACUGACAGAGAAAAUUCGCCAGCAGCAGGAGAAGCUGGAGGCCCUGCAGAAAACCACACCCAUCCGCUCCCAAGCUGACCUGAAGAAAUUGCCCUUGGAAGUGACCACCAGACCUUCCACUGAGGAACCUGCACGUAGACCUCAGCGUCCUCGGUCACCUCCUUUACCUGCUGUGAUCAAGAAUGCCCCGAGCAGACCCCCUUCCCUGCAGGCUCCCAGACCAGCCAGCCAGCCCCGGAAGGCUCCUGUCAUCGGCAGCGUCCCAAAGCCUCCUGCCCUGACAGCGCGGGAGGAGGCCAGUACUUCCAGGCUGCUCCAGCCUCCUGAGGUGCCCCGAAAGCCUGCCAACACUCCAGUCAAGACUGCGUCCCGGCCCGCCCCUCCCGUGCAGCCACCGUCACCAUCUCUGCUGCCCAACUCCAAGAGCCCUCGGGAGGUCCCCGCCCCCCGAGCCAUCAAGACUCCAGUGGUCAAGAAGCCGGAGCCGCCCAGUAAACUCUCCCUGGCCAUUCCUGGUCGGAAGCGGAGUCUUGGGGUCUCUGAUGAGGAAGAAGCCGAGGAAGAGGCUGAGAGGAGGAAAGAGAGGUCCAAGCGGGGCAAGUUUGCCGUGAAGGAGGAAAAAAAGGACUUGAAUGAGCUCUCAGACAGUGCUGGGGAAGAGGACCCAGCUGACCUCAAGAGCGCUCAGAAAGAUAAAGGGCUGCACGUGGAGGUGCGUGUGAACAGGGAGUGGUACACAGGCCGUGUCACAGCCGUGGAGUUGGGCAAGAACGUGGUGCGGUGGAAGGUGAAAUUUGACUAUGUGCCCACGGACACGACACCAAGAGACCGCUGGGUGGAGAAAGGCAGUGAGGAUGUGCGGUUGAUGAAGCCCCCUUCCCCGGAGUAUCAGAGCCCGGACACGCAGCAGGAGGGCGGGGAGGAGGAGGAGGCGGCAGUGGCUCAGCAGGCUGUAGCCAUGGCCGAACCCUCCACCUCGGACUGCGUUCGCAUUGAGCCCGACACCACCGCCCCGAGCACCAACCAUGAGACCAUUGACCUCCUCGUCCAGAUCCUUCGGAAUUGUUUACGGUACUUCCUGCCUCCGAGUUUCCCCAUCUCUAAGAAGGAGCUGAGUGCUAUGAAUUCAGAUGAGCUAAUAUCGUUUCCUCUGAAAGAGUACUUCAAGCAGUAUGAAGUGGGGCUCCAGAACCUGUGCCAUUCCUACCAGAGCCGCGCCGACUCGCGGGCCAAGGCUUCUGAGGAGAGCCUGCGUACCUCCGAGAGAAAGCUCCGCGAGACAGAGGAGAAGCUGCAGAAGCUGAGGACCAACAUCGUGGCGCUCCUGCAAAAGGUGCAGGAGGAAUCUGUGGUUCCACCCCUGGCUGCACAGCAUCCUGACCAGGAGGGCUGGAGGUGGUGCGGCUGCCUGGGCCUCAUCCCAGCCAGACCCACGGAGGGCCUGGAGGGGGCGGAGGUUAGAAUCCGGGACUCCAGUGAGGAGGUUCCCACAGUUGUCUGGGUGAGAGAUUCUGGCAGCCUGAACCUUGGAUGGUGACAGUGAGGAGGGAGAGAAGUGGGCAGAUUUGUUGUAAUGUCUUUGAGGGAAGGGGAGGAAACAAGGGUGAUGGUUCUGGUUUGUCUGAGCCCCUGGGUGGAGGGCAGGCGGUGGUGGCCUGUACCAAGAUGGAGCAACUCGGGGUGGUGGUGCCGUUGAGCUGUUGGAUGUUUUGAGUCUGAGAAGCCUGCAGCAUGGCUAAGGCAAGCUGGGAACUUGGGGUAGAGGCAGGGCAGGAGCAAGAAAUCUGGGCGCCAUCUGUGCACCGAGGAGGGAGGGGGCGGAUGAUCA